UUAACCCUCUGGACUUCCGGGAUGAAUACCCUCCGGGCUCUGCUUCUCUUGGCUGCGAGCCUCUCUGUUGCCUACUCGUUGGAAUACAAGGCUCUGAACCAGUUCAGAAAGAUGAUCCUGUGCCUGAUGCCCGACAGCUGGCCAGCCCUCGACUACGCCGACUACGGCUGCUACUGCGGAAUGGGAGGCUCCGGUACACCCGUGGAUGAUCUGGAUAGGUGCUGCCAAGUGCAUGACCUUUGCUACAAUGCCGCCAUGCAGCACCCCGAGUGCUGGCCCAUCCUCGACAAUCCUUACACCGAGUUCUACGACUACAGCUGUGACGAGACAAACAGGAAGGUCACCUGUGGCAACGACAACAACGUGUGUGAGAUGUUCAUCUGCGAGUGCGACAGGAAGGCCGCCGAGUGUUUUAGCAUAUCCCCUUGGAACCCCGAGCACGAGCACCUGCCCAGCGACCGCUGUCAGUAAAGACAGCUGAGAUAGUGACGGAUCAUUUUUUUUAAUUUGUUGAGGAUUUUUGGCUUAUUAGGUAUAUCAACAUGCACCUUAUACAUUCACACAUGCACAUUAAUGGGACACUGUUGCCUCCAUGUGCUGAAAUACCUCACACGGCACCACAGUCUUCUUAUGUCUUUCCUAGUUUGCAGGAUGAAAACGGCAGCACAGACUUUUAUGUUUUGUCCGUGUUAGAUGUCCUGGUAUGCUUUCUAGAAAAGUUUCAUGUAUUGCAUGUAAUUUUUGCACUUUAAAAAUAAAUAAUUGGCUUAGGAAUAAUAAAUUAAAAAACCCUUGAUAUUUUGGA